AUGUGGCGCCAUGCGACUUCCCACUCGCAAACUGAACAGCCCCUACGCCUUGCGUCGCUAGCGCGAUUCGAUCCUGCGAAGAAACCCGCUUGGACUCGCUUCUUGGGGUACUCGAUGCCCUGUCAGGUCACAUCGGACACUUUCUCUUCCUCAACCCGACCCCCAGUCCACAAACGGGCACCGAUCAUCGCAGAUCGGCUCUGUCGGCAGCGAGAAUGGGGCAAGGUACAAGAUGCCAUCGCAAUUCCUCCCCAUCCUCGACUCUCCACGCCCCAGAUAUCGCAACGCUCAAUCAGCACCGGUUCUCUACAUCUACCAGCCCAGACUCGUCAACGGGCGCUGGGCACCGCCCCCGUCUCGCCCAAGACGGCACACGCCGCACGCACCGCCGGUGGCUUGCCGGACGCUAAGCUCUGGCAAGCUUUGCCCAAGACGCGCCGCCGACGGACUGGACGGGGGCCAAUCAGCCUGGGCAGCAAAGCUUGGUGGCAUCUCGCGCUUGGCCGUGUAUAG